AAAAAUGUCGAAUGUCGAUCGACAAGUGUAAAAUAGUGCUAUGUUAAAAUUAGUAAAUAUUUCUAUCUAAAAGUAUUUACUAAUGUAAGCAAAUUUCUACGGUAUUAUAAUAAAUAAGUUAAGAUGGAAUCAAGGGGCUAAAAAGUGUUAAAAAUUAGGGGCGGCCUCCGUCCUUGUAAGCUCCAAAAUUUGAUCCAGUGAAGUAUAUAGCUGGCUUGGCUAGCAAACAGUUUUCAAGAUGGCGCAGGUUGGAGCUAACAUGGAAUAUCAAGAGUACAAAUGGGCUUACUCAAUUAUGGACUCUUCUAAAGUGUCAGCUUGCCUAAUUUCUAUGCUGCUUAUAGUUUACGGUAGCUUUCGUUCCCUAAACAUGGAGCGCGAGGCGAGAGAGAGAGCCGAAAGAGAAAGAGAGGCCAGUCUACUUGGUACCGGGGGGAAGUCGACCGCCAGCUCGUCGUGUAACAGUAGUUUUAUUUUUACAGAUGUACAAACACUGAGCACGAUGCAGGCGCUGUGCUUCCCUCUGGGCUCAUCUGUAGCGCUGCUCAUCAUGUUCUUUUUCUUCGAUUCCAUGCAGACCCUCGUCGCCAUAUGCACAGCUAUAAUCGCGUGCGCGGCGCUCGCAUUUCUGCUCACGCCGCUGUGCCAGUACGUGGCGGGGGGAGGGCCGGCUUCGCGGAGUGCUCUGUGCGGACGGUACUCCGCACCGGAACUGGCCGCCGCACUACUGGCAGCUGCCAUAGUUGCCGUGUGGGUGCUCACGGGACACUGGCUACUGAUGGACGCGAUGGGUAUGGGCCUGUGUGUGACAUUCAUCGCUUUGAUCCGCCUGCCGUCGCUGAAGGUGUCGACGCUGCUACUGACCGGCCUGUUGCUGUACGAUGUGUUCUGGGUUUUCUUUUCCUCCUACAUCUUCACUACCAACGUCAUGGUCAAGGUUGCAACCAGACCAGCUGAAAACCCAAUGAACGUGGUGGCACGACGGCUUCAACUGGGCGGGGCGAUGCGAGAUGCGCCUAAACUGUCCCUGCCCGCCAAACUCGUGUUCCCUUCAAUGCAUCACCAAGGACAUUUUUCUAUGCUCGGUCUUGGAGACAUAGUGAUGCCGGGUCUACUGUUAUGCUUUGUAUUGCGUUAUGACGCCUACAAGAAAGCGAAUCUCGUUUGCCAAAUGGGUCAAGUACCUGGCCCGAGAUCUAUGGGUUCCCGGUUGACUUACUUCCAUUGCUCGUUACUGGGCUACUUCCUGGGGCUACUGACGGCUACGGUGUCGGCCGAGGUUUUCAAGGCGGCACAGCCCGCACUACUUUACCUCGUGCCCUUCACACUACUGCCGCUGCUCACUAUGGCGUACGUAAAGGGCGAUCUCAGGAGAAUGUGGAGCGAACCCUUCAUAGCUCCGCCGGCUGGCAAACUGGGUGCAGACUUCGACGUGUGACUGCCUCUAUAAGGUUUAGGGACUACACUACUAAGGUCUUGGCAACUCCAGUUAGUACAUCUUCUUUAGAUACUACCUACCUAUUUUAUAAUGCGUAUUUUAGAUAAAAUCAAAUUGUAAAAUAAAACAAAAUGUAGAUUGAAACUAGAAGAUUAAGGAUAUUGAAUUUAUUGGCGUGAGUUCAGAACAGCCGGAAAA